AUGGAAGAGUCCAAUCGUGUCGACAUUGCGGCAGGUAGGAAGCCCAAACUUGUUCCGUUCGAAGAAUUUUGCGUGGAAAGAAACAUUGAUCUCAAGGAAAUCGAUCGCCUUGUCGAAGAGGUUGAAAGAGAUUAUGACCCAAGAGACGCACAAAACCUCAGCAAGAUGCUGCCACAUGGUGUCAUCCCUGAUGAAUUUGCAGGAUUGGCCGAAGCGAGGGAAGUGCGCAAAGCUUGGAUCGAAGAGACACUCACGGAUGAAGACAAGACGCUUGUCGAAGAGUUGCUUGCUAUGGCUUCCUCGCAUAACAACUAUUGCAAGGAUGCAGAUUGCAAGGUUAGCAAAGAUAUCCCCGAGGCAAAUUUGAGGCAUAUGUUUCUAUCAAUGGACUACUGGAGUGUCCAACGCUUACAUGAAGAUUGGGACUCCCAUUUUGAUAAGAAAUACGAAAUCAAUUCUCACACGUACAGGGUGAUAGAAGGGCAUCGAAUCAGUGACGGUCAGCUUGUAAACUACGUGCGAAGCAAGGGAUUCCUUGUCACACCUUGCAAACUUGAUUCAAAGAUACCAUUCUGCAACCUCUGUCACGAUGAAUACCAUGCUGAUGAGCAGAUCAGUACUGGCAAGCGAAACCGAGACAUUGCAAAGAAUGGCUCCUUCUUAAUGAUCCCGGACCAUUACAACGAUUUCCUCAUGCUCAUGGAGAGGAGCUUCUCACGCACUUUCUGGGAUGACGAAAUCACUCGUGGGUGGAAGAGGAGGCAAGUCUUCGACAAGGUAGAGAAGCAAUAUAAUCUUUCUCGUGAAUUCAAGCGAGAACCGUGGUGGUGCAAUUUGCUUGUGCGAAAGGGAAUUUGGGAUUGGGACAAACCUUCCAACUGCUUGUGGACAGAAGGAGUGGUUCUUAUGGCAAAGGUGAAGAGUGGACGUGGGAAUCAAACUUUCAAGGGAGAUGUGGACAAUGAAAAACUUCGGGAGCACCGGAGAAAGUACAAUGGAGCACUGCAGCCUCCUGAGUUGCUUUUCGUAGAGCGCAGAGGAAUCGGCCAAGAAGUUCCUGUUCUGAGAGGAGCGUGGAGGCUUGAUGAAUUCACCAAUGGAACCUUCAUGGAUUUGAUCAUGUCAAGUAACAAAGACGUGGAGAAGAUUAAAAAUGAAACGGAGGUGGACGAAGAGGUCGUCAUCCAGCCUUACACCUUCAUUUGCUGCGAUGGGCCCUGGGAGUUUCAGAGUUGCGACGUCCGCAGCGUGAAAGGAGUUGCUUUCUUUGCGACCUCACCUGGAAUGCCUCCGAUUCACGGAAAAGUAUGCAGGCAUUGCAGAGAAUAUUCCGGCGCUCAAGAUGAACCGAGCGAGGAAGAAUACAGCGAAUUCGUUCCGCCAUUGCACUUGAGCGAAGAAGAUGCAGCAGAAAAUGAUGAGAAGGAAGGCGAAGCGCCGAUGGACAUGGAGGAAGAUGGAUUUUCCUUGCCAAAGCAGGUUCAUGCCAUCGAAUGGAAGAAUGCCAAGACUAGAGGCAACUCCUUUCCUUCCGACCUAGCAUUGCAACACAAAAGGAAACAUCUCGACGAAUGGCCCCCUUGCUAUUUCCGCGAGCCCCCGCGAAUAUCCAACGUUUCCUUCAAGCUCUGUGCAAUAGGAGGCGAAGGGGACUCGUUCAUGACGAGGAGUAUCGUGGGUCUGCACGUUGAUCGCUUGUCGAUCGUGCGAAUGAAUGAGUCGUGUGUGGAGGACACAUACAGUGGUGUCAUGCUCUAUGACAGCUCCUCGUGCGACAUGAGCGCAUGUCUUCUGCAGCGAAACGGAGUGGCGCUGGCAAUUGCUGAAUGCGCUGUAGCUCGUGUUGAGAACUGUAAAUUUGUGGAUCAGAGGCAAUCAGUUUUCUGCACUGUGACACCCCCUGUGAUGGUCAGCAAGUAUGCGGUCGAUGGAGGUCCCUCUGGGUACGGGACGCUCUCUAGGCCCGAGUACGGAGUUGGGAACCUGCUGGGUGCCAAGCCUGAGUUUGUCAGGAAGCGUUUGUGGGAUGAGACAGACAUGAGCCUGCGACUUCCUUCCAUGACGCUUGUCAGAAACAAACUGCAAGGUUGUGGUGGACGGCUGAUCGACCUGUUCAUCUUCGUGGAGAGCAUGAUCUUGUUGGAAGGGAAUUGCUCCCUCCUCCACAAAGACAACGAUUUUGAAGCGGAAGACACCAACUUUGACCCGACGCCAUGGGAGAUCCGCACCGAUGACACCAUGAAGUUGCUUUUGAAGCUCCAAGACAAGAAGUUGAUGCCGUGGCAAAGGGGGGCAAUCGAAGAGUACAAGGCGAAUUUGAAGAUGUAUCAAGACAGAAUGAGAAACAAAGAGAUGGAGAGGAGGAAGAUGCUGGAAGGAAACAUGGAGAUUGAUACUCCUCUUCUCAAGAGCAAGGGGUGA